CCCACAACCAUUCAAGACGCACCCAGCAUGACUGAAAUUAAUCCAAACACGCCGAAUGCAAAAAGCAUUCCACAACCCAAGGAUAUACCAAUAGUUACACGGUUAUACAAAAUAAUUGUAUUGCUGGAAGAUAAGUCCAGUUCACUGUUCAUAUUCAGCGAGGAAAAUAUUGUACGAAAAGCAGUACGAGCGAUAAUCAAUUCAAUGGUAUUUGAGUACACCAUAUUGGCUACAAUUAUAGCCAAUUGCUUUGUCAUGGCAAUGGAGGAACAUUUAUCAUUUAAAGAUAAAACGCCACUUACCGAAAAGUUGGAUAAAACGGAAAUCUACUUUUUGGUUAUAUUCUCUACGGAAACGUUCCUGAAAAUCAUCGCACAGGGUUUCAUUUUGCAUCCAGGUUCCUAUAUGCGAAAUGUUUGGAAUUCGCUGGAUUUUUUUGUUGUCACUACGGGAAUCAUGGCGGAGAUUAUGAAGUGGAUGACGGAUGGCAAAUCUGGGAGUUUGAAUUUUAAAGUCUUAAAGUCGAUUCGAGCGCUGAGACCAUUGAAACUGAUAUCGGGUGUUCCAAGUUUACAAGUGGUCAUGUCGUCGAUUCUGAAGGCGAUGGCACCGCUACUACAAAUCGGUUUAUUGAUUUUAUUUGCAAUCGUCAUAUUUGCAAUCAUUGGGUUGGAAUUUUACUGUGGAGUUUUGCACAAAACCUGUUACAGUCGGGAAAAGUUAGAUGAAAUUGUUAAUGAAGGAGAUGAUCCUGUUCCUUGCACUUCUAAUUAUACGAGCCUUGACGGCAGUCCGCCUGGAUUUUCUUGUGAAGUUUUCGAAGACAGCACUUGCUUAGAGAAUUGGGAUGGACCGAAUGAUGGAAUAACCAGUUUUGAUAAUAUUGGAUUGGCUAUGCUAACAGUUUUCCAAUGCAUUACGAUGGAGGGUUGGACGUCGAUUAUGUACUGGAUGAACGAUGCGGUGAACCCGAAUUGGAAUUGGUUGUAUUUCGUUCCACUGAUUGUGAUUGGCUCAUUUUUUAUGUUGAAUUUGGUACUCGGAGUCCUUAGUGGUGAAUUUGCUAAGGAAAGAGAAAAAGUCGAGAACCGGCAAGCAUUUCUGAAACUUCGAAGGGACCAGCUAAUUGAACGAGAAUUCGAUGGUUAUAUUGACUGGAUUUGCAAAGCUGAGGAGCUUAUUUUGGCCGAGGAAAGAACCUCUGACGAAACGAAGAGACAUAUUGUUGAAGCUCGCCGAAGGGCAGAACGAAAAAAACUAACCAAAUUAGGAAAAUCGAACGACACAGAAGAUGAUGAAGAAGAAGACGACGACGAAGAUAGAGCGAACCGGAAAUGCAAAGGCUUUUGGAUGGCUGAAAAGAGACUGCGUUACUGGAUCAGAAACACUGUCAAGACGCAAUUUUUCUAUUGGUUCAUAAUAACUCUGGUAUUUCUGAAUACUGCAUGCGAAGCUGUGGAACACUAUGGUCAACCGGAGUGGCUGACAAUUUUUUCGGAGGUGGCCGAUUACGUUUUCCUCAGUUUAUUUGUUUUCGAAAUGGUUGUUAAAAUGUAUGCUAUCGGUAUACGUAAGCACUUCCAAUCAGCGUUCAAUCGUUUCGAUUGCAUUGUAAUUAGUGGCUCAAUAUUCGAGAUGAUUUGGUUAUUCGGAAUAGAAGAUUCUUACGGCCUAUCCGUCUUGCGAGCGUUACGUUUGCUUCGAAUAUUCAAGGUCACAUCCUACUGGUCGUCUUUGCGGAAUCUAGUAAUUUCACUAUUGAAUUCGAUGAAGUCGAUCAUUUCGUUGCUGCUGUUGUUGUUCCUGUUCAUUUUCAUUUUUGGUUUGUUGGGCAUGCAGCUAUUUGGUGGAAAAUUCAACUUUCCCGACGAAAGACCCGAUGCCCACUUUGACACCUUUACACCGGCAUUGUUGACGGUUUUUCAAAUUUUAACGGGAGAAGAUUGGAAUGAAGUCAUGUACAACGGUAUCAGGUCUCAGGGUGGCGUAGGUGGUAUCGGGAUGCUUUACUCAUUAUACUUUAUCAUACUGACAUUAUUCGGAAACUACACUCUGCUUAACGUCUUCUUGGCGAUUGCUGUGGAUAAUCUAGCCAGUGCGCAAGAACUCACAGCGGCGGAAGAGGAACAGAAGGAAGCGGAUAAGGAGAAACAAUGGCGAGAGUUACAGAAAGAAAUUGAAAAUUUGAAAUCUGGCGAAGAGUCUAAGAUCAACGAAUUGACGAAACAACAAGAAGCAUUCAAACCCGUAGAGAAGGAAAAUUCAGCAAAGGACGACGAUGAAAUCGGACCUAAAGAAAUGCUACCUUAUUCGUCAAUGUUCUUUCUGUCACCUACGAAUCCCGUACGUCGCUGUGCCCAUUGGAUAGUAAACAUGAAAUAUUUUGAUUUCUUCAUAAUGUUCGUCAUUGGAUUGUCAUCGAUUGCACUGGCCGCUGAAGAUCCGGUUGUAGAAAACAGCAAAAUCAAUGUAUUUCUGAAUAAGGUCGACGUUGGAUUUACAGCAGUAUUUGCCGUUGAAAUGGUGCUGAAAGUGAUCGACUUGGGAAUCAUAUGUCACCCGAAAAGCUAUUUACGCGACAUUUGGAAUAUCAUGGACUCGGUGGUUGUCAUCUGUGCUAUUGUCAGCAUGGCGCUGGAGGCUAAUUCGGAUACUGGUAAGAAAAGCGCAGCAGCUCAAAAACUAUCAACCAUGAAAUCGUUGAGAGUGUUGAGAGUUCUACGACCGCUGAAAACCAUUAAGCGAAUUCCAAAACUGAAAGCAGUUUUCGAUUGUGUGGUAAAUUCGCUGAAGAAUGUGGUCAACAUAUUGGUGGUGUAUAUGCUGUUCAAUUUCAUUUUUGCUGUGAUUGGUGUCAAAUUGUACAAUGGAAAGUUUCAUUACUGCACGGACGAGAGUAAGAAAAACCAAAUCGAUUGCAAUGGCUAUUUCUUUGUGUACGAAGGCAAACCGACACACAUUACAAAAAUGGAGAAACGCAUAUGGAAAGUGGAAAAUUUUCAUUUUGACAACGUGCUAGCUGCAAUGCUCACACUGUACGCCGUACAGAGUACAGAAGGAUGGCCAGUAGUACUGAAAGCGUCUAUGGACUCAUAUAAAAAAGGCGAAGCGUCUGUUCCCAACUACCGCAUCGAAAUGUCCAUCUAUUACAUUGUCUACUUUAUUAUCUUUCCGUUCUUCUUCGUCAACAUUUUUGUUGCGCUGAUUAUCGUUACGUUUCAGGAGCAAGGUGAAGCUGAACUACAAGAAGGAGGAAUCGAUAAAAAUCAAAAAUCAUGCAUUGACUUUGCGAUCAAUGCAAGGCCUUCGGAACGCUAUAUACCGGAGAAUCAGGAAACCUAUCAAUAUAAAGUUUGGAAAUUUGUGACGUCACCAGUGGUCGACAAUUUUAUUUUGCUGUUAAUUGUUAUGAAUACUGUGACUCUGAUGAUGAAGGUUCAUGGCCAGUCGAAAGUGUUCGAAGACGUUAUGCAUUAUAUCAAUUUGGUGUUUACCGGGCUCUUCACCAUUGAAACCGUACUGAAAAUCAUUGGAUUUGGUCCUAGGAAAUUCUUCAAAGAUUCGUGGAAUGUGUUCGAUUUAGUGACAGUUGUGGGAAGUUUGAUAGACGCAGUUGUAUCGUCGAUCACGAAAAACGGGCAGUCAAAGGAUACUAAAAACGUUGCCGACGCUGUUACUGCUGCAAUUUCAAGCAAGCUCGCUUUCCUGCGACUUUUUCGAGCUGCACGCUUAGUUAAGUUAAUGCGCCGUGGGGCUACCAUCCGAGUAUUGCUAUGGACGUUUGUGCAGUCAUUCAAAGCUCUCCCUUACGUAUGUUUGUUGAUUGCAAUGUUGUUCUUCAUUUAUGCAGUUGUUGGCAUGCAGAUGUUCGGUAACAUUGCGAUCGAUCCGGAAACUACGAUCACUAGACAUAAUAACUUCCAGAACUUUGGCAAAGCGCUCAUGCUCCUAUUCCGAUGUGCAACAGGUGAAGCGUGGCCGAAUAUUAUGAUGGAUUGCAGACAAAAUCGAUCAUGUGAACCCCAGCCAGAAGAAAUAGAAACGAGUGUAACGACUGAAGCGAGUGAAAUGAGUCUAACGACUGAAACGAGUGCAAUAACUGAAACGGGUGUAACAUGUGGGUCACAGCUUGCGACAUUAUAUUUCGUGUCGUUCAUUUUCUUCUGUUCCUUUUUAAUGCUAAAUUUGUUUGUGGCUGUUAUCAUGGACAACUUUGAUUACCUGACCAGAGAUUCAAGCAUAUUGGGAGCGCACAAUUUGGACGAAUACAUUCGAGUUUGGACUGACUAUGAUCCACGUGCAUCUGGAAAAAUCAGUUAUAAGAAAAUGUAUGAAGCAUUGCGUAACAUUCCUCCGCCGUUGGGUUUCGGGAAACAAUGUCCGAGCCGUUUAGCGUAUAAAAAGCUAAUUCGCAUGAAUAUGCCAGUCGAUGCAGAUGGAAAAGUGAAUUUUACGACUACAUUGUUUGCGUUAAUACGGGAAAAUCUGUGUAUACACAUGCGACCUGCCGAAGAAAUGGACCAAGCCGAUGAAGAAUUGCGUCAUACGAUCACACGUAUGUGGCCACUUCAGGGACCAAAAAUGGCUGAUUUGUUGGUACCACCACGGGAAACGUUAAAUGGGACAAAUAUGACGGUCGGGAAAAUCUACGGCGGAUUGUUGAUUUUGGAAUCUUGGCGUACGUCUCGAUUUGGUCAGACUAGUAGCGGGUUGCAGUGUGAGAAUCAGAAUCGUACAAUCCUCAAGUGUGUCAUGAAUUUUACAACACCACGAAGCUCGCCCGAUGAUGUUGACCAAACUAGUGCUCGAGAUCCAAACGAUCAAACGCCAAAAGGUCCACUGAAGUUAAAAUUGAACGACUUAGUUCGUAGAAUUUCGCUUCGCACUAUGAUUUUAAGGACACAAAAGAUCUUCAACGUGCACAAGACACAUAACGACGAACACCAGCCUGAUGACGAUCAUCUCCACCCGAACAGCGUCAAUUUACAAAACAGGCGUACAAGCACUCGGCCACCCCAUUCUCGGUCGCCAAGUCCUGGCCUGCUAGAGGCAGCUGCGAAUGUGGUUGACUUUAUCAAAGACGAACGAUAUUACCGCAGUCGUCGAGGUUUCCCACAUUCCCGAUAUGCCAAAGGAACAUCGUCGGCAUCAACGAGCCCAGAACCUUCACCGAAUCGAUUGGUUCAUCAAGAUGGUAAUAGCAAAAUGUACGCACGACGGCCGCCACUUCGACGAUGGCGCAGGGGAACCACAACGUCAAGUCCGUGUUAUAGUAUGACACAUAACACGUUCCAGAAUCAUGUGGAGUCGUAUGACGAGGACUGUAACGUGCUCAGUGGUCGUUCUCGUACGCCGAGUCCUGGUAAACGAUUUGGAAAUCGAUUUACCAAUUGGACUAACAUAUCCUCUUCUAAACCAAAUAACGGAAGAAAAUUGCCUCCAACACCGAAACAGCCUUCAACUUUACAAAUUCCAAUCAAAUCGACCAUGAAUUUUCCGAGAUUAGAUAAUAGCCCGUCGACUUUGCUAACUCACCAGCCUACCCUACAAACCUUACCAGAUCGGUUAAAUAAUAAAUACAAUUCAUUAAAUCGCACACCGUACGAAGAUAUUGAACGCGAGCUGUACGAACAGGAACGGGACGUAGAUAGCGAAUUUGACUUUAAAAAUAAUGAAGAGCCAGUUACGGUCCAAGGACCGUUAUCAUUCGAAGAAGCCUUAUUACUAUCUCGACCAAUUCGUUCAACGUCUGUUGUGUGGAAUGGUUUUAAAACAAGCGUUGUCGGUUACUCACCAGAUGAUUCCAAGUUAGAUGAGGAUGAAUGGUGCUAGCCUGAUUUCAGAAGCUGGCCAGUGUCACUUUUUUAUUCGAAAUGUUUGCUAGCAAAAUUAAUGUUUAUUUGAAUUUUCUUUAAUGCUUUGUGAUGAGGGUGGACGUUGAGUGGGGUAAUGUUUGUUUAUCCCACGGUUCUCCAUCAUAACUCAAUUGUUAACUCAGUAAAUGUUCUAUUCCUAUAUUAAAAGUCAACAAGUUUCAUUAGUUAAAGAUCGUGAAGGCAAUCUGUUGAGCAUUAUGUGUGUCAUGGAACAGAAGGCAGAGUUGUUUAUUUUAAGUUGCGAUUUGCAAACAAUAAUUCAUUUUACGGUACCACCGAUGUCUAUGUUCAGCAUAAAAUCUUUUGCACUACGCUGAUAAAAAACAAAUUUAUAAAUUUUAUAAAAUUUUCAAAUCUCUAGUCUAAUUUGUAUAAAUGUUUGGUGUUGUGUUA